AGGCAAAGAAGACAUGAGUCCACCGAAUAGUGUGAACGGUUGCUAUAGUGUUGACAGCUUUGGUGAUCCCAAGAAGAAGAAGGGUCCGGCGCCCCGACAACAGGAAGAACUUUGUCUCGUUUGUGGUGACAGAGCCUCUGGCUAUCACUACAAUGCUCUCACAUGUGAGGGCUGUAAAGGUUUUUUCCGGCGAAGCAUUACUAAGAAUGCUGUCUAUCAAUGCAAAUAUGGAAACAGUUGUGAAAUCGAUAUGUAUAUGAGAAGGAAAUGUCAAGAAUGCCGACUCAAGAAGUGCUUGAGUGUCGGUAUGAGACCGGAGUGUGUGGUACCUGAGUAUCAGUGCGCUAUCAAAAGGGAAUCCAAAAGAGCGCAGAAAGACAAAGACAAACCCAACAGCACUACUAAAGAAGCGAUGAGUCCCGAAAAGAUUGACGACAAACCCAGUAUCUUGACGUCCAAUACGGUUAACAUUAACUCCAAUGUUAUAAAGCCGUUGACUAACCCUCAGGACGAGAUGAUCAAAAAGCUAGUCUACUUCCAGGAGGAGUUCGAGUCUCCCUCUGAGGAUGACGUCAAGAAAAUUACUAGACCGUCUCUAUUAGAGCCGAAGAAAGUGGAGAAGAUUCAGGAGUUCUAUAUCGACACAUUGAAAGCAUACGUCGAUAACCACAGACCUCCCGGCAAAUGCUAUUUCGCCCGACUGUUAGCCAUUCUGACAGAACUGCGAACUCUCGGGAACAUCAACUCCGAGAUGUGUUUCUCAUUGAAAGUGCAGAACAAAAAGUUGCCCCCAUUUUUGGCCGAGAUUUGGGACAUUCAAGAAUAGCACUAACUCUGUGGCCAUCACUAUAUGUGUUGAGUGUUUGCCAUUCAAAUCAUUGUCAAACCAUAUAUGGGACACUCAACUACUUUAUAAAGGCUUCGAUUACAACCACAUCUCAUACCUAUUAUUAAUUGUUGUUUAGUUGCCGUUGCAGUCGAUGUCCAUAUCAUUGAUUUGAGACAACAGUUUAAAGUAUUGUAUGUAUUCGAAGAUCUCUCGUAACGCACAACGACUACAAACACUGCAAGUGCUGACAAUCAAUGAGACGUCCACUGCUUCGGCCCUUAUUAUCAUGUACUUUAUAUGCUUAGCAAUGCUACCGGUGACCUACCUUUCCAUUCACUGUUUAAUAUUUAAAUUUAUUAUUAAUUAUUAUUAUUAACUAUUAUUAUUAUUAUUAUUAUUACGUCAAACCAUCUCAUAUUUUAUUAGAAACCCUAACAUUUCCGCUAAACAACGACUCUAUUAUCCAAACAAUAGCAUUAGGUUUUAAUAUUGGCAUAAAUAUAACCAUUUGCUGAAUGAAAUACAAUUUGCCUUCAAAUCAAUUAAUGUCUGCAAUAUUGAAAAUAUGGCUUCAUUUACAUCAUUGCAAGUGUAUAAUUGUCAUCACAACAACACAAAUGAUUGUCAUUAUAUUAAGACAUUAACAGACACUAUAUAUAACACUCGUUUAUACGUCCAUUAAUACCCAAGUUUUGGUGCAAUUUUGCAGUUUUUCUCACAUUUAUUCAACCAUUUAUUUGGUGCUAAUCUUAAAGUUUAGUUAAUAUGC